AUGGCCGUCAAGACAAGAAAGGUCCAAAUAAAAGGUCUAAAUGAUGCUAAGUACAUCGCAGCAAUUGUAUAUAUUUCAAGCUUCCAGUUCUUAAUCCAUAUAAUUGUAACUUUCACACUGGGAAAUAAAGUCGACACUUUCCCUGCUGUUUUAACUAUGUUCGUCUUAUUGGGAACAAUGGCACUCCAAGGACUGCUAUUCAUUCCUAAGAUGUUGAUUUUGUACCGAGAUCCGGAGGGUAACCACAUCUUCAGCGUAAACGACCCCCUUGGCAAAGUAGCUCCACUCUCAACCAUCUUUGUGAAUGACAUUGGGAGAUCAGACUGCAAAGAAUGCCAAGAGUUGAAGGCCAGAGUGAAGAAGCUGGAACAAACUAUUGUUGAGAAGCGUCAGAGGGAGAGAUCUGACAAGAAUCGCAACGUGACUACCACUUUCUGUCGUCAUGACCACGGUGAGGAACACUCUGAGGACAUGUCAUUUGACGAGUUGGAAGGGACGCUGGAAGUGAGCUGGGCAGAUGAUGGCUCCACAUUUCAUAUUGGUCAUCGAGUGUAGUCAAAAAGGGAUUUUGAAAAUUAAUUUUAUAAUUAUUAGUUGCAGUAUAAGAGCUAUGAUUAGUUUGAUUGGACCCUAACUGGAUCU